UCUUGCCUAUACAACGUAUAUACAAUGCCAGUGCUGCUCAUCUGCAACCAAGGCUGAGGAAGACCUCGGGACCCUCCUCACCAGUUUUGCCUGUGAUCAAAGCCAGUCGUGGACUGUGAUGAGCAUGCUGAGCAUGGCCAGGCCACCGAGUGGAGAAACCACAAGGCAAUGAUGACCCUGGAGCUCACCAGACUCAUUCCUUUGAAGUCUGGAAGGGUCUCUGUUCAUCGCUGUGAGAACCAACAGCUGGGUCUGAAGUUUGCCACUGGCUAUUCUCGCUACCUGCAGCUGUGUCCUCUUCAAGCCCAGGGAGACUUGUUCCUCUACUGGGAACAGGUCAUUUCCCUCCUGCGACCACCCGUGGACAGUAAAAGCGGUACCUAUGCCGUUCCAGCUGAGGACAGGACAUGCACACCUGCCUUUGAAGACAGGAUGAGCCUGGACAUGGCAGAUUCCCAAGACCAGAGUCCGCAGCAGGGGCGACAGCACAGGUGGCUGUAGCAGGAGCUUUUAGCUGCACCACACAGCAGACGUGGACAUCGUGACCAAGACAGUUGUCCUCACACCAUGAAGGCCGUCGUGCAGGCAACGGAGAGUGGCCGCUUGGUUCUGCAAUGUCAGAAAGCAGAGACUAACCUUUAAUGACCAUUAAAUAUGCUCAGGGAGCCUAUUUUGUCUUUACUGCAGUUUAAAUAAAGAGCCAUUAAAUCUGA